AUGUUUGAGGUGUCUUGUGGUGAAAGUCUUUUCCUGGUAUGUAGAUUGGGCGACGACUUGAUAGUUAUGUUUGCGCUGACGAAGCAGUCGGCCGCGAUUGAUGCCAAAAUAUUACAACAGUCGAAAGAACUCAGAGAACAGUUCGACGUCAAAGCUGAACAUCAAUUGGCCGUAAUCAACGCAAAAAUAGAAAAUCAGAUGAUGAGAAUAGAAGACAUCACAUCAAAAAUUGAACAGAAAUAUGAUCAAAAGGUUAUCGGGCUCGAACAGAAGUUAUCUUGCGAAGUGGAUAAACUUAAACAAAAACUGGAAGAAACUAAGAAAAUAAACUCCACACCUGUAUGUCAUGUAACCGCGAAAACAUUGAAAGUGCCAGCAUUCGAUGGAGAAACUUUUUGGAACAUUUAUAAAGCCCAGUUUGAAGCAACAGUAAUGAAUUAUGGCUUAAAUGAAAGUGAAUGGGCAAGAGCUCUUGUGUUUUUAAAAGCUGUUCGAGAUUCAGAUCUUAGACAAACCCUUAUACUAGUGGUCAAACGCAGCCUCAAAGACGCCGUUGCCUACAGUCUUACAUUCGAGUCAGCAAAACAAGCAUCAAAGACUGACGUAAAGCUGCGCCAAAUUUGUGAAAAAUGUUCGUGUCAAAAGAUGGUUCUAGAACAGAAGGGUCAAGAUUAUGGUGCGCCAAAAUGUUGGAAUUGUGGAGAAAAAGGACAUCUACGACGUGAUUGUAAACAAACCUCUAGAAACAAUUACUGUCGUCAUUGUGCAGCAACAUGGCACAAACGAAAUCUACCCCAGACAGUGGCGGAUCCAUAG